GACUUGCCCCCUCUGGCUACAGUUUUUCCGAAUGAUAUUUUGAAGAUUUGGCAUAAUUAUAAUUCCGUGAGCUUAAUUUAGUGCAAAUAAAUCUGUUUGUUGUAUCUGUUUUCUUAUUUUAAAGUCUGCCCCCCUCAAGUAUGGUUCUUGCUUGAGUUUGCUCACCUUAGCCGACAUCUAUAGCUACGUGGUUGUUUAGAGCGCAAUUACACUGCUUACACCCAAAUAUUUUAAGAAAAAAUUAAGGAUGAUCCAGCCCCAGAAUUUCGAAAACUUAAGAACAGCCAGCCUGAACUUCGAUCUUAUAAAAAGUGUGUCUAAUUUGUCCUUUCAGAAGCACAAAUCUGAUCACACUACUCUAACAGCGCACCGACCAUCUCACGUGACGAAGCUUUUCCACAAGAAGGAGGAAGUUGGCCUGAUGUUGUUGCUUAUGGUAAACAGAUGAUUUAUCAGACACUGGAGAUAGUUUUAGUAGAUCUUUUAAGAUGCUGUUUUGGUUUUUAUUAUUUUCUGUGUCUAUGGUUCAUCUUGGGCCUGGCGUCAAUGCAUGUGGCGUGAGCACUCACAUAAGCAUAGCCCACGAGGCUUCCUUUUACAUGAAGGAAUCAAAGUAUGCAGAUAUCGUCAAAUCGAACAGGGAUGCUUUUGUAGCCGGAAAUCCUUAUCCAGAUUUUGCAUAUGCUUCACAAUGCUUUGAUGCAAAGUAUCACGAUGUUUCGGAGACAACUCACUGGGCGCCGUUUUUGAAUGCGACUGUCAAUUACAUCAGGCGAAAUUUCAAACAACCAUGGAACGCUCGAGCCAAGAAGCUGAUUGCAUUUUUAUUUGGGUUCAUCUCACAUCAGGUAGCCGACAUUAGUUGGCACAGCCUCGGAAUCGACCAAGGCUUCAUUCGCGCUAUGGCGAACGUGAAUUUCCACGCUGUCUUUGAAGACGCCCAUGGAACUGCUGACGUAGGCGGAGACAUGAUCUCCCAGCUAGAGGGAGACGAUUCGCUAAUCAACCAGCUGCAAUGGUUUAUUCCUUCUAAAGAUCUGUAUCAAAUAUACUUGGAUUAUUAUGGAAAGGAAAUGGUCACCCAAGAGAUUAUCGAAGAGUGCACGACGUUGUUGUUUCUUGCUUGGCUUGGUGAAAAGAUUGCUGGAGCAAAACUGUUCAAAAAAUAUGCAAAGAAGUCACCUUUUCUGCAUGAAAAACUGCACAAUUAUUUUCUUGGUAUGUUCCUAAAUUCAUAUGCAAGUUUAGAUUCAUAUCAUUUGACACUAUAUUUACAAUUCAUUUGA